AUGGCAUCCGUGAUGCUGGCCCAGACACUGCUGGGAUGGGUGUGUCUUGCUGCUGUCCAGGUGACAGGCUCACAAACUGGGACUGGUGCGUACCAACCGAGCCGCUUCACCGGGGAAACUGAACAGAGGGAAGCCCAGAGGGUUCGCCGCAGAGGCCAAGAGACACUCCGAGGACCCAACGUGUGCGGCUCCCGUUUCCACUCCUACUGCUGUCCUGGCUGGAAGACUCUGCCUGGAGGGAACCAGUGCAUUGUUCCAAUCUGCAGGAAUUCUUGUGGAGAUGGUUUCUGCUCCAGACCCAACAUGUGUACCUGCUCUAGUGGACAGCUCUCCCCCAGCUGUGGAGCCGGAGCUGGAAUUCAGUCCUGUAACAUCCGGUGUAUGAAUGGAGGCAGCUGUGCGGAGGACUCGUGUUCCUGUGCAAAGGGUUACACUGGGAACCACUGCGGACAACCGGUCUGUGAGAGUGGCUGCCAGAACGGUGGGCGCUGCAUCGGGCCCAACAGAUGCGCCUGUGUCUAUGGUUUCACUGGCCCGCAGUGCGAGAGAGACUACAGGACCGGACCAUGUUUCACUCAAGUCAACAAUCAGAUGUGUCAGGGGCAGCUGAGUGGCAUCGUCUGCACCAAAACGCUGUGCUGUGCCACCAUUGGUCGAGCCUGGGGUCAUCCGUGUGAGCAGUGUCCCGCUCAGCCUCACCCCUGCAGGAGAGGCUUCAUACCCAACAUCCGCACUGGAGCAUGCCAAGAUGUGGAUGAGUGCCAGGCUGUCCCGGGGCUGUGUGCUGGAGGGAACUGCAUCAACACUGUGGGCUCGUACGAGUGCAAAUGUCCCGCUGGCCACCGACAGAGCGAAACCAGCCACAAGUGUGAAGAUAUUGACGAGUGCAGCAGCAUCCCCGGAGUGUGCGAUGGAGGGGAGUGCACAAACACAGCUGGAAGCUACGUGUGCACCUGUCCGCGAGGCUACAUCACCAGCACAGACGGCUCCAGAUGUGUCGAUCAGCGCGUGGGCACCUGCUUCUCCGCUCUGGCAAACGGCCGCUGUGCUGCUGAGUUGACGGGGCAAUACACAAAAAUGCAGUGUUGCUGUGACACGGGACGCUGCUGGGCUUUGGGUGCCAUUCCAGAGAUGUGUCCCGUCCGCGGCUCUGAUGAGUUCAGGCGCCUGUGCAUUGUGGGCGUUCCUCAAGGCCACGGUCUCCCUCACGUCUAUCCCAACGGACACUUCCCCAACGGCAACGGAAACGGCAACGGCUUCCACUAUGGCUUCAAGUUCCCCAGCCUCCCCAACGGGAAUGGCGGGAACGGUGGAGGGGGAGGCUUCGGAGGGAACGGAGGUGGAUUUAAUGGGAAUGGAGGCAAUGGAGGAGGUCUAAACCACCAGCAAAUUGGCACUGUCUCUGUGAAUGACACUGUGGACGUGUGCAAGCACUUUACAAACUUGUGUUUGAACGGGCGCUGUAUCCCCAACCUGAACAGCUAUCGGUGUGAAUGUAACAUGGGAUACAAGCGGGACAUACGCGGGGAGUGUAUUGAUGUGGAUGAAUGUGUGAGCAAUCCUUGUAUCAACGGAGACUGUGCCAACACACCGGGGUCUUAUCACUGCAAGUGCCAUGAAGGAUACCAGGGAACCCCCACUAAACAGGCCUGCAUCGACAUUGAUGAAUGCAUUGUGAAUGGGGUGAUGUGUCGCAACGGCCGCUGUGUCAACACUGAGGGAAGUUUCCAGUGCAUCUGCAACGCUGGCUUUGAGCUGACGCCUGACGGGAAGAACUGUAUUGAUCAUGACGAAUGUGCGACCACAAACAUGUGUCUCAACGGAAUGUGCAUCAAUGAAGACGGAAGCUUUAAGUGCAUUUGCAAACCAGGUUUUGCACUGGCACCGAAUGGACGCUACUGUACUGAUAUCGAUGAGUGCCAGACUCCGGGCAUCUGCAUGAACGGCCGCUGUAUAAAUUCUGAGGGCUCGUUCCGCUGCGAGUGCCCGCCCGGCUUGGCCAUUGACGUGGACGGCAGGGUGUGUGUGGACACUCACAUGAGGACCACCUGCUACGGCGCCAUUAAAAUGGGAACCUGCUCUCGGCCUUUUCCUGGAGCCGUGACUAAAUCUGAGUGCUGCUGUGCCAAUCCUGAACACGGCUUUGGGGAACCGUGCAAUCCCUGUCCUUCCAGAAACUCAGCCGAAUUCCAAGCUGUAUGUAGUAGUGGUAUCGGCAUAACAGCGGACGGCAGAGAUAUAAAUGAGUGUGCCCUGGACCCAGAUAUUUGUCAAAAUGGAAUCUGUGAGAAUCUGAGAGGAAGUUAUCGCUGCAUCUGCAACAUUGGUUAUGAAUCUGAUACGAGCGGCAAAAACUGUGUCGAUAUCAACGAGUGUCUGGUGAACCGGCUUCUGUGUGACAAUGGCCUGUGCAGAAACACUCCUGGAUCUUACACCUGCUCCUGUCCCAAAGGCUUCGUCUUCAAACCAGACUCUGAAACCUGCGAGGAUAUCAAUGAGUGCGAGUCCAGCCCAUGCAUCAACGGAGUGUGUCGUAACGUGGCCGGGUCCUUCAACUGUGAGUGCUCUCAUGGCAGCAAACUGGAUUCCACCAACACCAUCUGCGUGGACAGUAUGAAGAGCACCUGCUGGCUAACUAUUCAGGACAAUCGUUGUGAAGUGAACAUCAAUGGUGCCACACUCAAGUCUGAGUGCUGUUCCACGCUGGGAGCUGCCUGGGGCAGCCCUUGUGAACCCUGCGAAAUUGACACUGCAUGCUCUCGUGGAUUUGCCCGCAUGAAAGGUGUUGUUUGUGAAGACAUUAAUGAGUGUGAGGUGUUCCCUGGCGUGUGCACAAAUGGCCGCUGUGUGAACACUCAGGGAUCGUUCCGCUGUGAGUGUACCGAGGGCCGCACCCUGGACGGGACUGGGCGCACCUGUGUGGACAUGCGUUCGGAGCAGUGCUACAUGAAGUGGCAUGAGGAUGAGUGUGGGGCCCCGCUGCCUGGAAGGUACCGCAUCGACAUGUGCUGCUGUUUAGUGGGCGCGGCCUGGGGCAUCGACUGUGAGGAGUGUCCCAAAGAGGACACUCCUGCAUUCAAAGCCAUCUGCCCCAGAGGGCAGGGCUUCGCCAACAGAGGAGACAUUCUGACAGGCAGAUCUUUCUACAAAGACGUGAAUGAGUGUAAGGUGUUUAAUGGUAUUUGCACCCAUGGCACUUGCCGGAACACCAUUGGAAGCUUUAAAUGCCGCUGCAACAGUGGUUUUGCACUGACAGCCGAGGAAAGAAACUGCACCGACAUUGACGAGUGCCGCAUUUCCCCUGACCUCUGCGGCCAUGGAACCUGUGUCAACACUCUUGGAAGUUUUGAGUGUGAAUGUUUUGAGGGCUACGAGAGCGGAUUCAUGAUGAUGAAAAACUGCAUGGACAUUGAUGAAUGUGAGAGGAACCCUCUUCUGUGUCGAGGAGGAGACUGCCUCAACACCGAUGGAAGUUAUGAGUGUGAAUGUCCCAAUGGAUACACACUGAGCAGUGAUGGCUCUGCCUGUGAAGAUUUAAAUGAAUGUGAACUGAGUGAAAACUUGUGCCGAAAUGGACAGUGUGUAAACAUGCCAGGAACAUACCAAUGUUCAUGCGAGACAGGUUACCAGGCCACACCUGACAGACAAAGCUGUGUUGAUAUCGAUGAGUGCACGAUUAUGAACGGAGGGUGUGAAACACAUUGUACAAACUCAGAAGGAAGUUAUGAGUGCAGCUGCAGUGAAGGCUACGCGCUGAUGCCUGACCUGAGGACGUGUGCCGAUAUUGAUGAGUGUGAAGAGUCUCCUGACAUUUGCGAUGGAGGCCAGUGCACCAACAUCCCCGGUGAAUAUCGGUGUUUGUGUUAUGACGGCUUCAUGGCUUCAAUGGACAUGAGGACUUGUAUCGAUGUGAAUGAGUGUGACCUGAACCCAAACAUCUGUCUCCAUGGGGACUGCGAGAACACCAAAGGCUCUUUCAUCUGCCAUUGUCAGCUGGGAUACUUUGUGAAGAAGGGAUCCACCGGCUGCACAGACGUUGAUGAAUGUGAGGUUGGAGCCCAUAACUGCGACAUGCACGCUGCCUGCAUCAAUGUACCUGGAAGCUUUAAAUGUCGCUGCAGAGACGGCUGGAUCGGUGAUGGGAUCAAGUGUAUUGACCAGGACGAGUGCUCUGCAGAGGACCACAACUGCAAUAUCAAUGCAGACUGUCUGAACACACCUGGCUCCUACAGGUGCACGUGUAAAGAGGGCUUCAACGGAGAUGGAUUCUCGUGCUCAGACAUGGAUGAGUGUGCCGAAAAUGUGAACUUGUGUGAAAAUGGACAGUGCCUGAAUGCCCCUGGCGGAUACCGCUGUGAGUGUGAGAUGGGCUUCACUCCGACAGAAGACAACAAAGCCUGUCAAGAUAUUGACGAGUGUAACUUCCAGAACAUCUGUGUGUUUGGGACAUGUCAGAAUCUCCCAGGAAUGUUCCGCUGCGUCUGCGAUGACGGCUAUGAGCUGGAUCGGAGUGGAGGAAACUGCACUGACAUCAAUGAGUGUGCUGACCCGGUGAACUGCAUAAAUGGCCUUUGUGUGAACACGCCCGGUAACUACCUGUGUAACUGUCCUGCCGACUUUGAGCUGAACCCAACUGGAGUCGGCUGUGUGGACACUCGUGUUGGUAACUGCUUCCUGGACGUCUUGGCUCGAGGAGAUGGGGGGAUCUCCUGCAGUGCUGAGAUUGGGGUGGGGGUGACUCGAGCUUCCUGCUGCUGCUCUUUGGGAGGAGCCUGGGGAAACCCCUGUGAACUGUGCCCUCCCUCCAACUCCACUGAGUAUAAGACGCUCUGUCCCGGUGGAGAGGGUUUCAGACCAAACCCCAUCACUGUUAUUCUUGAAGAUAUUGAUGAGUGCCAGGAGCUGCCUGGUCUGUGCCAGGGAGGAAACUGUGUGAAUACGUUUGGCAGCUUUCAGUGCGAAUGUCCUGCAGGCUACUACCUAAAUGAAGAGACCCGUAUCUGUGAAGAUAUUGAUGAAUGUACAACUCACAUUGGCAUCUGUGGGCCUGGUACCUGCUACAACACAUUAGGCAACUACACCUGUGUUUGCCCUCCAGAAUACAUGCAAGUAAAUGGAGGAAACAACUGCAUGGACAUGAGGAAGAGUGUUUGUUAUCGUAACUUCAAUGACACAUGUGAGAAUGAGCUGUCCUUUAACAUGACCAAAAAGAUGUGCUGCUGUGCCUAUAAUGUGGGGAAAGCCUGGAAUAAACCCUGUGAAGCAUGUCCUACGCCUGCUACCAAUGAAUACCAACUUCUAUGUGGAAACCAGGCACCAGGCUUCAUCAUUGACAUUCACACAGGAAAACCUAUUGAUAUCGAUGAAUGCAGGGAAAUCCCUGGGAUCUGUGCCAAUGGUGUCUGUAUCAACCAGAUCGGCAGCUUCCGCUGUGAAUGUCCAAUGGGCUUCAGUUACAACAACAUCCUGCUCAUUUGUGAAGAUAUUGACGAGUGUAACAGCGGGGACAACCUGUGCCAGCGAAACGCCAACUGUAUCAACAUACCAGGCAGCUACCGCUGUGAAUGCUCUCCAGGAUUCAAACUUUCUCCAAGCGGCGCUUGUGUUGAUCGUAAUGAAUGCCAGGAAAUCCCUAAUGUCUGCAGCCAUGGAGAGUGCAUCGACACUCAGGGAAGCUACCGCUGCCUUUGCCACAAUGGUUUCAAGGCCACUCUGGACCAAACCAUGUGCAUGGACAUUGAUGAGUGUGACAGACAGCCGUGUGGCAAUGGCACCUGUAAAAACACGGUGGGAUCCUACAACUGUUUGUGUUUCCCUGGCUUCGAGCUCACACACAACAAUGACUGCAUGGACAUCGAUGAGUGCAGCGCUUUGCAGGGUCAAGUGUGCAGGAAUGGGCACUGCAUCAAUGGCCUGGGCUCCUUCCAGUGUCUCUGUCUGGAAGGAUAUGAAAACACACCAGAUGGGAAAAACUGCGUUGAUAUCAAUGAAUGUGUCAGUCUGCCUGGCACUUGCUCUCCAGGAACCUGUCAAAACCUGGACGGUUCCUUCAGAUGCAUUUGUCCCCCUGGAUAUGAAGUUCAGAAUGACCAGUGCAUAGAUAUUAAUGAGUGUGAUGUGGAGCCCAACAUCUGCCAGUUUGGCACCUGUAGCAACACUCCAGGCAGCUUCCAGUGCACAUGCCAACCCGGCUUUGUUCUCUCCGACAACAAGCGCAGCUGCUAUGACACCAGAGAGAGUUUCUGCUUCACUAAGUUUGAGAGUGGAAAAUGUUCAGUGCCCAAAGCCUUCAACACGACUAAGGCAAAAUGCUGCUGCAGUAAGAUGCCUGGAGAGGGCUGGGGGCUUCCAUGUGAGCUGUGUCCACAAGAGAAUGAAGCUGCUUUCAACACACUUUGUCCAUUUGGCCAUGGGGCUUUGCCUGGACCAGGGAACACACGCGAAGAUAUGAACGAGUGCCUAGAUAACCCGGGCAUUUGUCAGAAUGGUAUCUGCAUCAACACAGACGGGUCGUUCCGCUGUGAAUGUCCAUUCGGGUACAAUCUGGAUUACACUGGAGUCAAAUGUGUCGACACUGAUGAGUGCUCUAUUGGAAAUCCAUGUGGAAACGGGACCUGCACAAAUGUUGUUGGUGGAUUUGAGUGUGCUUGCAAUGAAGGCUUCGAACCGGGAACUAUGAUGACCUGUGAAGAUGUAAAUGAAUGCUCCCAGAAUCCACUGCUCUGUGCUUUUCGCUGCGUCAACACGUUUGGUUCUUAUGAGUGUAUGUGUCCGUCCGGUUACGUCCUCAGAGAUGACCACCGCAUGUGCAGAGACCAGGACGAGUGUGCUGAGGGCCUGGACGACUGUAACUCAAAGGGGAUGAUCUGUAAGAACUUGAUCGGGACGUUUAUGUGCAUCUGCCCCCCUGGAAUGCAGCGGCGUCCAGACGGAGAAGGCUGCAUGGAUUUGAAUGAGUGCCGUGCCAAACCGGGAAUAUGCAAGAAUGGAAGAUGUAUCAACACUGUGGGAAGUUACCGCUGCGAGUGCAACGAUGGUUUUGAGCCCAGCUCCACAGGAACAGAGUGCAUUGACAACAGAAAAGGCUUCUGCUACAUGGAGGCUCUGCAGACCAUGUGUCAACAGUCCUCCACGAACAGAAACAGCGUCACAAAGUCUGAGUGCUGCUGCAACGCAGGCAGAGGAUGGGGGACACAGUGUGAGCUCUGUCCACUGCCAGGAACUGUCCAAUACAAGAAGAUGUGUCCUCAGGGACCGGGCUACACCACUGACGGCCGAGAUAUCAAUGAAUGCCUAGUGAUCCCAGACUUGUGUAAGAAUGGUCAAUGCAUAAACACCAUUGGAUCCUUCAGAUGUCACUGUAAUAUUGGUUACAAAGCAGACUUUACUGCCACUUCCUGUGUUGAUAUGGACGAGUGCUCUCUGUCUCCUAAGCCUUGUAACUUCCUGUGUAAGAACACUGAGGGCAGUUAUUUAUGCUCCUGCCCCAGAGGAUACAGCCUGCAGCCAGACGGAAAGACAUGCAAAGAUCUCGAUGAGUGUUCUACCAAACAGCACAACUGUCAGUUCCUUUGUGUAAACACCAUUGGGGGCUUCACCUGCAAGUGCCCUCCCGGCUUCACUCAGCACCAGACCGCCUGCAUCGACAAUAAUGAAUGUACGGCUCAAACCACUGUGUGUGGUUCCCGCGCCUCCUGUGUCAACACCCCAGGGAGCUUCAACUGUGAAUGUGGCAAAGGAUACUCACUGGACACUACAGGGAUCGAGUGUGAAGAUGUGGAUGAGUGCGGCACCAACCACCGCUGUCAACAUGGCUGCCAGAACAUGAUGGGCGGUUUCCGCUGUGGCUGUCCUCAGGGAUAUGUACAACACUACCAGUGGAACCAGUGUGUUGAUGAUAACGAGUGCCAGGGAGGAACAAUGUGUGGAUCUGCUUCCUGUUAUAACACACUGGGAAGCUACAAGUGUGUGUGUCCUUCAGGAUUUGACUUUGAGCAACAAAGUGGUGGUUGCCAAGAUGUAAAUGAAUGUAGCAUGGGGAACAACCCUUGCAGCUAUGGUUGCUCCAACACUGAUGGAGGAUACCUAUGUGGCUGUCCGGGUGGAUUCUACAGAGCAGGACAAGGUCAUUGCAUCUCAGGCUCAGGAUUCCCUGGGCAGCUUUCUGAGGGAGAUGAAGAGGACAGUUUAUCACCAGAGGCUUGCUACGAGUGCAAGAUUAAUGGUGGAGCUAAGAAUGGUCGACACAAGCGCAACACCGACAGCAAUGAGCUCAAUCAGGAGAAAGUUGUGAGCAUGGCCAGUGUCGACACUCAGGACAUCAUCCCCUUGAAUGUGUCUUUGGCAUCACUGCUGAACAAAGAGCCACUGUUAGAGCUGCUUCCAGCCCUGCAGCCCCUGGAGCAUCAUGUCCGCUACGUCAUCACCCACGGCAACGCUAACGAACACUUCCGGCUACUGGAACGUCGGGAUGGAAAGAGUGUGCUCCGACUCGCCAAAAAGCUCCCACCAAUCGGGUCUUACAGGCUGGACAUCAGCAGUUUACGGCUGUUCGGCCCACGGCGGCUCCACCAGCUGGAGGAGCAGCAUGACACUGACUACCUACAAGGGGAGAUAGGAGACGCCCUGCGCAUCAAGCUCCACAUUCACCUGCACUGA